UCACAUUUAGUUUCAGUGACAUUAAUCUGACAUUAUCAUCAUGAUGUAAACAAACACCAACAGGAACAAAAUCAGAUUCUUUUAAUGAUAUUUAAUGUUUUACAUGUUUAAUGGAGGAGCUGGUGUCAGUACAGUCCUAACACAGCUGUUAAACAUCAACAUAAUAAUAACAUGGCGCAUUUACAUUCCUCCACUAUUAAACUAAAUGAGAAAAUGUUUAAAUAUUAUGACAGUGUUUUGACUGGUUUGUGACGGGUGUAUUUUCAGUUUUAAGGCUUCCUCCAUCAUGUUGUAACACCUCACCUGUCAGUUUAUCAGCUGUUUGUCUUCAGUAUAAAGUAUCUGGAGUUGACUCUUUGAGCAGCAGAGGGACAGGUGAGCAGGUCAGAGGUGAUGACAGUGACAGUGUAAAUAUAAACAGGUAUAAUUAGGAGUUUCAGGCUGAUUAAAUCUCGUCAUUCAGAGAUGAAGUCACACAUUUGACUAACCUCACAUUACAUAAACAAAACCGACAGCCCUCUCCUAUUGGUCGGAUGAGAUGUCAAUCACGGGGUGCAUUGCAUCACUCUGCCACACACUCACCUGUGAUUGGUCCGCCGCUCGCUUCGCUGCCUCCUCCUGGCCUCUGAUUGGCCGACCCUGGACAUUGCCGUACAUGGUAAAAGAGAUUUCGCAAUCGGCUCCUCUCCAUGUUCCAAACAAAAACACUCAGAGCUCUGACACACGGAAUUAAACUCCAACUUUCUGCCUGAACUUUUACCGCUUUGACGAAUGGUUGACCCCACCGCCGCCCAGUGAAGGGUCUGUCCAGGUGAACCAUCUUCUUCUUCUUCUUUCCCUUUUUCAUCUCUACACCUGAGGAGACUCUGGACGGAGAUCAGCACCUGCAGGCAGCACAUCCAAAUGAGCAGGCCGUCGCAGCCGAAACUAACCACAUCUGACCACAACGGCGUGAGCGUCAUCCAGAGUCAGGCCCACGCCUCCUCCUCCUCUCUUUCGGCGGCUGUAGCCGGACUGCAGCAGGUCCCCCAACUCGUUCCCGCCAACUCUUCAGCCGGAGGCGGCAAGGCCCUCCCCCCCAGCAAGAUGAAGAAGCCCCCAGCAGACAAGGACAGCGAGGAGUACCGCCAGCGCCGCGAACGCAACAACCUGGCGGUGAAGAAGAGCCGCAUGCGUAGCAAGCAGAAGGCGAUGGACACGCAGCAACGCGUCAACGAGCUGAAGGAGGAGAACGAGCGGCUGGAGGCCAAGAUCAAGCUGCUGAGCAAAGAGCUGAGCGUGCUCAAAGACCUCUUCCUGGAGCACGCCCACAACCUGGCCGACAACGUGCAGCCGCCAGCGGGCGCCGAGGGCUCCAGCCCCGCCCCUAACAAUGCCUCCACCAAUGGGCAGUGAGGGCGGGGCCACGGGGGAUGUUUGGUAUCUGCAGCUUUUCUGGAAACUUUGGAAACAUGGCGUCACAUCUUCACGGCUUUUCUUUGGUUUAUUAGUUCUUUUCUCAUUUUUACUCCUUAACGACACAUUUACCAAAAUGUCCAUCGAGGUCCUGGAAAACCUGGAAAGUUCUGACAAAUAAAAACAGAAGCCAGGGUCCGGAAACGUCAUACAGAUCUAUGAAUAUAGUAUCGUAUGAAGUUUUAAUUUAUUGAAUCAGUUUUAAAAGACUUUUAAAGUGAAAACCAGCCACAGAAACUUUUCAAAUUCAAACUCUGUCCUGGAAAAGUUCUUGAACUUUGGCCUGUGACAGAAGGUGAACCUGACCCAGGGUUGAAAGGUCACGUCGUGUUAUGGAUUGACUGAUUGAUUGGAGAGAUGUGAACUCCAGUAAGAACUCACCUGCAGUGACACUGGACCAGCGUCUCCUGAGCUUCCUCUUCCUGUCGGCUGGACGUGGACGCCGCAGGACGAGACGUUUGACUCUGCGCCUCCUCAGCUGCAUAUGACGGUGUAAAUUCUUAAAUUCCCUUUUUCUAGGAUGUGUAUUUUCUUCUGUCGUUCUGCAAAGAGUUUUUGACAAAUGUCUAGUUCACAAAAUCUAAUGAGAGAAUUUCUAAAGUCGUUCACUACAUGUUGAUGUUUAAAGGAUGAUUCUGGUUUUUAAGCCAAAAUGACACAUUCUUUUAAGACUCAGUAUAAAUACUUCAUGAACUUUUGAUACUCUCCAUAAACUCCUUUAACUUCACUGAACAAUAUGUGUAAAUACAGAAAACAUCAGAAUUGUC